AUGACUGUGGCCACAGAGACUACCGUUGUUUCGAACGGAGUUGCUCCUGUCGACAAGGCCGGCAGGACGGAGACACCGCCUCCAGCCCCCUCGCCUAACUUGAAUAUCAUUGAUAUUCGCUGUGCCGCCGUUGAGAUCAACAUCAAGGAAGAAAUAAAUUCCCUCUUCAAGGCUCAGGAUGGUCCAAGGAGGCUUCCUACCCUCCUUCUAUAUGACGAGCGAGGUCUUCAGCUAUUCGAGGCGAUCACGUACCUAGACGAGUACUACCUCACGAAUGAUGAGAUUCAAGUCCUCAGGGAAUCGGCCUCCAAGGUUGCGGAGAGCAUUCCCGACAAGUCCAUGUUCAUUGAGCUCGGGAGUGGUAACCUGCGUAAGGUGAACCUGCUGCUCGAGGCCUUCGAACGCGCCGGGAAGGAAAUUGACUACUAUGCUUUGGAUUUGUCCCGGCAAGAGCUUGAGAGGACCCUUGCCCAGCUCCCCGUCUACAAGCAUGUCAAGAGCCACGGGCUUUGGGGCACCUACGAUGACGGGAGAGAAUGGCUAAAGCGGCCAGCUAACAUCCGCCGCCAGAAAUGCGUCGUAUCCCUUGGGUCAAGCAUUGGAAACUUUCUCCGCGACGAGGCGUCGGAUUUCCUGAGGGGAUUUGCAGAUGUAUUGAGUCCAGGUGACACAAUGCUGGUUGGCCUGGACUCAUGUAUGGAUCCGGCCAAGGUCUAUCACGCGUACAACGAUCGAGACGGUGUCACUCACGACUUUAUACUCAACGGGCUGGUCAACGCCAAUCAAAUCCUUGGCGAGGAAGCUUUCAAUAUGCAAGACUGGCGGGUUAUUGGGGAGUAUGUAUAUGAUGAUGAAGGAGGUCGACACCAAGCUUUCUACUCGCCAAUAAGGGACGUGGUAGUCCUCGGGGAGACAAUUAAAGCCAACGAGCGCAUUCAGGUUGAACAGAGCCUGAAGUACUCCCAAGCUGCCGCUACAAGACUAUGGAGCUUGGCUGGUAUGACCACGGCGGAUCGGUGGACCCUUGGUCAGGAAUACGGUCUCCACAUGCUAGUCAAGCCCAGGAUGCCGUUCAGCCUAAUUCCGUCCGCUUACGCCUCGUCCGCCCUGCCCACCCUGAGCGACUGGGAGGGCAUCUGGACAGCAUGGGAUACCGUCACCAGGGACAUGCUCCCCCAUGAGGAGCUUCUGGAUAGGCCGAUUCGGCUCCGAAACGCGUGCAUCUUUUAUAUUGGUCACAUACCGACCUUCCUGGAUAUCCAACUCAACAAGACAACCAAGACUGCCCCCACCGAAUCCAAAGGGUAUGCUGCAAUCUUUGAACGUGGCAUUGAUCCGGAUGUCGAUAAUCCCGAGAGGUGUCACAGUCACUCAGAAACACCAACAGAGUGGCCCCCGGUCCAGGAGAUUGUGACUUACCAGAACAAUGUUCGCAAACGGCUGCGGAGCUUGUACGACGGCGGGGCCGAGAAGAUCCCGCGUGAUGUAGGGAGGGCCAUCUGGUGCAGCUUUGAGCAUGAGAUCAUGCACUUAGAGACGCUGUUAUACAUGCUUUUACAGAGCGAGAAAACGCUACCACCGCCCAAUACUGCGCAUCCGGAUUUCAAGGAGCUGGCUGAGAAGGCAAAGGCUGCCAGAGUCCCGAACGACUGGUUUGACGUGCCAGCGAAGGAGAUCAACAUUGGCUUGGACGAUCCGGAAGACGGAACCAACUCUCAAUGUCACUAUGGAUGGGACAAUGAGAAACCAAAGAGGACAGUUAAAGUGCAUGCCUUCCAGGCCCAAGGGAGGGCCAUUACAAAUGAAGAAUAUGCGCAAUAUAUGCACGCAACAAACACGUCUCAGUUACCAGCAUCCUGGGUAGAGGUCAACCCAGACGAGGUGCUCAACGGCGAUGCCUUCGCGACCGGGUCCGCGGGCCCAGCUCAAACAAACGGGUAUCCCCACACAAAUGGUCACGCUCACGGCCAUCCAUCGCUGCCAAGCUCUUUCCUCUCAAGCAAAGCAGUGCGGACCGUCUAUGGCCUCGUGCCACUGGAAUAUGCCCUUGACUGGCCUAUUUCCGCCUCAUACGACGAGCUAUCCGGCUGCGCGUCAUGGUUGGGCGGGCGGAUUCCCACAUUCGAGGAGGCACGCAGCAUCUAUGACCACGUCGACAUCCUGAAGAGAAAGGAGGCCGAGAGGAAGCUCGGGAAGACGGUCCCUGCCGUGAACGGUCACCUCAGCAACAACGGCGUCCAAGAGACUCCACCAUCACGAGCUGCGGGAAGGCCAGGGGACGAUGGAGACCAGAAAGAUCUCUUCAUCGACCUCGACGGCACUAACGUCGGCUUCCAACACUGGCACCCCGUGCCGGUAACAGCUGGCGGCAACCGUUUGGCCGGCCAAGGCGAGAUGGGCGGCCUGUGGGAAUGGACCAGCUCGCCACUCCGCAAGUGGCCCGAGUUCAAGCCGAUGGCCCUGUAUCCUCUCUACACUGCCGACUUCUUUGAUGAGAAGCAUAAUAUCGUCCUGGGUGGAUCAUGGGCCACGCACCCGCGAAUUGCCGGGAGAAAGUCAUUCGUUAACUGGUACCAACGCAACUACUUGUUCCCGUGGGUGGGAGCCAGGCUCGUGCGAGACGUUCAGUAA